AUGGAUAGCAGCAGGGGCAAACAGGCGGAAUCGCCAUCUUCACCGAGCACGGUCUUCAAGUUACCAGGAGAGCCUGCCGUCAUUAUCAAUGGCGUCCCUGACAUUGGCCCGGCGAAGAACGACGCUUCCGUUGCUCUUGCUAUCGUCGAGAUUCCAGAGGAAUCGCAAGGCACGACGGCAGGCUUUCUUGGGACGGAAGGGUUCGGGGAUUGGCUGGAAGGGAGGAAAGUGAGGAAGCUGUUUGGGAACAAGCAUUUCUCUGGCACAGUGAGUCGGUACGACAAGGAAACUCGGUGGUACAGAGUGGUGUACGAAGACGGCGACUUCGAAGAUCUGGAAUGGAAAGAGCUGGAGCCGGUUCUUCUGCCUCUGGACAUCACUGUUCCGCUGAAGACACUGGCGCUGAAAGUUGUGGGACGAAGCCAGACUGCACCGCCUAAAGUUUGGAAAACCGGGUCUGCGACCAAAGCUAGAAAGAAGACUCAAGGUAUGGGAGACCAAAUUGCAUGA